GUUGACCCCAACAAGGAGCGCCGGGAGGCCGUGAAACGCAAGAUCACCCAGUACCUGAGGCGCGCGGAGGAGAUCUUCAACUGCCACCUCCAGCGGGCUGCGGGGGGUGGCAACCCCACUGCCACGGGUUACAGCAGCCUGCGCUUCCGGCCGAUCAGGACGCUGAGCUCGGCAGUGGAGAACCUGAGACGGUGUAAGGUUGUAGGAGUGAUUGAUAAGGUGCAGAUUGUCCAGGAUCCGGCCACUGGUGGGACCUUUAUCCUGAAGAGCCUCCCCAAAUCCCAUGUUGAGACCCGUGAGCGACAGACCAUCAUCCCUCAUGGGGUCCCCUUCAUGGUCAAGCUGCUGUGCUACUACGUGAGUGAGGACUCCAUCUUCCUCCACCUGGAGCACGUGCAAGGGGAGACACUGUGGUCUCACCUCCGCUCCAAGUACCGUGUCCAGCAGGACUCUGCCUAUCCAAACUCCGUUCAAACCCUGAGGGACUGUGGCAGAGAGAACGGCAUUGGAAGCUCCCAGGGCAGCAGCCAAGUCUCCAUCUUCUCUGCUCGGACAGGCAGUGGCCUCCCAGGCUCUGCAACCCACCGAGGACUGGGAAACACUGAUGCCGUGACCCCUUGGGAGCAGUCCCCAGACCCCACGGACCCUGACUCAGGGAACCACUGCCGCUUUCGCCUGGCUCCUGCCAGUGGCACGAGGGCUGCACCCAGAGGGCAGGAUGUAAGCGUGGCCCAGGCUAUUUCUGGUGUCAUGGACCAUGUUCCAGCCAAGGGCCCCAGCCACCUUACCAACCAGGGCCUGGUUAUCUACCCCUGGGAUGCUCUAACCAGCGGCGAGGGCUGCGUAUCGGAGAGAGCUGCCUCCCAACAAGUCCCCAGACCACGUGCCAGUGAAAGGCUUCCUCAGAUACCUGUCCCCGUACCAAAGACUGUGAGAGGGGGCCAGCCAUGGGCAAGGGAGCCGUCGUUUCAGCAAGUGGCUGAGGUCCCCUGGGCUCAGCCUCUCCUGACCCCCUCGGGUCAGAGGCAUCUUCACACAGGAGCUGCCCUGUCCGGCUCUGGCAAGCCCCACAGGCCUGACCCGGUGGUGCGGGAGUCGUUGCAGGGAGCCAGCCUGACCUGUGGCCGGCUCAGAGAGCAGCCACGCUCGGGACAAUGCCAGUCUCCAGCUUCCCGUGGGCAUGGCCGGAGAGCGUGGGCUGUGAAGGAGGAGCAGGUGCAGCUGUGGGCAGCAGAAAUCCUCCUGGCCUUGGAGGGACUUCACCAACAGGGAGUCUUGUGCCGGGACCUCAACCCCAGGAACUUGCUGCUUGAUGCAGCCGGUCACGUCCGUCUCACCUUCUUCGGCCAGUGGACAGAGGUGGAGCCCCAGUGCUGCAGCCAGGCGCGGGAAGAGCUCUACAGUGCCCCAGAAGUGGGGGGGAUCGCGGAGCCCACCGCAGCGGCUGACUGCUGGAGCUUUGGUGCUCUCUUGUACGAGCUGCUGACAGGAGUGCCACUGUACCAAAACCACCCUUCAGGGAUUCACCCUCACACCCAGCUGCAUCUGCCAGAGGGGCUCAGCCUGGCCGCUACAUCGCUACUCACAGAGCUCCUGCAGUACAACCCGCAGCAGCGCUUGGGCUCUGGAGGAGGUGGCAUGGCGAAGCUCAAAUCCCACUCCUUCUUCCACACCGUCCCCUGGAACAAGCUGGUGGGAUAA